AUGUCAUUAGUUGUUUUGAAGAACCAGAUAAGUAAAUUAUUUACCAAAGAUAAUUCUGACGAAGAAUUGGAAAGGGUAGAGCAAUUGCUAGAUAACAACCAAUCGCCCUAUGGAGCGACUGAAAACCCAAAUAGAACUCAAGAUAUAGUUAAUGAAGAAGCAAUAGGAAAUGCCAUGAAGUCUAAUCUGUCCGAUCUGAACUCCUCAGAAGAACUGACAGGAUUUUUUAAUAAGUUUGAUCCCAGGGUUAUGUCAGAUAUAAUCAUUGGUUUAUCAGAUGGUUUGACUGUGCCCUUUGCUUUAACGGCGGGUUUAUCUUCGUUAGGAGAUUCCAAAUUAGUCAUAACGGGAGGAAUGGCAGAGUUAGUUUCUGGUGCCAUUUCUAUGGGCCUUGGUGGCUAUUUGGCGGCAAGAUCAGAAUCCGAAUAUUACCGCUCAGAGGUGAAAAGAGAAAAGCUUGAAUUUUUCAAAAAACCAGAAACUGUUAAUCAAGAUGUAGCAGAAAUAAUGCUAGAUUUGGGAGCUUCAGAGCCAACCAUUGCAUCGUUCUUAAAGGAUUUAGAUUCAAAGCCAAAGAGUUUGAUAGACUUUGUAAUCAGAUAUGGAAAGGGCCUUGAGGAACCCCCUGAAGGAAGAGAAUUUACAUCCGCAUUAACAAUUGGGUCAGGUUACUUUUUUGGUGGAUUCGUCCCUUUAAUGCCUUAUUUUUUUUGUAACGUGGUCAAGACAGGUUUAUUAAUAUCAGUUGUGGUUAUGAUCAUUACUUUAUUCAUUUUUGGCUAUGUGAAAACUUCUAUCUCUCUAGGUGAAGAUUGUGGUAAUCUUAAAAAGGUAAGCGAAGGAUUCCAAAUGGUGGCGAUAGGGUCUAUUGCAGCUGGUGCAGCUUGGACUUUAGUGUUUUUCAUUGAUAAUUAG